AUGCUGGGCCCUGCCGGAAAACCUAUUGAGCCUCCUUCUAGUCCUACUAACCCUCUUCGAAAAUUCACUGGUAAAGUAGCUCAAGUGGCAUCACAACUUUCGCAAAAAUCUAUGCCCAGACUACGGCCGAGUACUAGCACCCGACAUUUAAAUAAUAGCACUUCAACCAGGGAAACUACCACAUCUGGGAGUAUUUCGACUAGUACUUAUCGAGAAGCUUCGUCUGUUACCAAUACGAAUCGUAAUUCAAAAUUGCACAACCCAUCUAUGGCGUCUAAAACGUCAUCUCCUGCAUUAUCGGUCAACUCUUUCAGUUCUACCUCUGCUCCUAGUCUUGUCUUGUAUUGGGAUGUUCGAGUACCAAAAGACAACCAAAUUUAUGAUCGAUUUUCAAAAUUGCUCGAUAAUGAUGUCUCCCGAUCAAAGUACCCUGAAGUAUACAGCAAUAUUUCUCUUCUUCUCGAGCAGUUCCCUCAAGUUCAUGUCCUGAAUACUUUUCAAUCUUUGGCCCAGCAACUUUUUGCAUAUAGAGAGUGCGCUUUUACGACUUUGUUUUAUGUUACGACAUCAGACCUUGUUUAUGUAAACGAUGAUCAAACCAUAAAAUUUGUGUCUGCACAGUACGCACAUAUCCCUGGAGCUUUCAUUGUUCUCAGUGAUGUGACAAGUUUGUGGGCUUCAUUUGCUAGAUUAGGCGCAAUGGAUAUAUCAUGGGCCUCGAUCGAAUCGGUCAAGGCAACGAAACCGGCCUAUUGGGCUUCGAUAAUCGGCCACGCGCGACAGGAUCAGUUUGAAUCACGGACUAGACAACUAAAAACCAUGCUCGGUUUGGAACAGGAAGUGGAAUCUGUUGCUUCAGCAAACCUAAUCACAAAGUUCUCUUUUUCAAGCAAGCAUGUACUAGAUGAGUUUUCUCCUUCUUUGACAUCUUUAGUAAAUGAAGAGAAGCAACCUUUAAUUCAAGAACUUAUAGGGUCUUGGGAUUUUUAUGCUCAUGAUCUAAAAUAUGAUGAGUUACUAGCAGCGACUUAUAUGAUGAUAAAGCACGCACUAAGCAGCCCGGGAUUAGAGCACUACUGCAUUCCUGAUAGAAAACUCAUUUCACUGUUAUUAGUUGUACGCAAUUGUUAUCAUGCUACUAAUCCUUAUCAUAAUUUUCGACAUGCUGUUGAUGUAGUUCAGGCAACUUUCUUUUUCUUGAUAAGUAUUGGCGUUUUUAAGCCUGUGGGUAAAGCUGCUUCGGUUGAGAAGAGCACCAAUCCACUGACAGCAGUCGACGGGUUAAAUCUGCUGGUCGCAGCGUUGGGUCACGAUGUGGGACAUCCUGGUGUUACAAAUGCAUUUUUAGUAUCAAGUAAUGCCCCAUUGGCGAAGAUAUACAACGACCGUAGUGUUCUUGAGUCGUAUCAUUCUGCUGCAUUCAAUCAAAUACUGAAAGAAUACUGGCCCCAAAUGGUUCAAGAUUCAAAUGCUAGAACUAUGAUUACAGAAUCUGUUUUGGCAACUGAUAUGGCUGUUCAUUUUGAUUAUAUGAAGAAGGCAGAAGAGAAAGGUAAACAAGAUUCGCUAUAUGACGAAAACAUUAACGAAAAUGAACUUCAGAAGUUACGACUUCUUCUGGGGUGUUUGAUUCUCAAGUGUGCUGAUAUCAGUAAUGUUUCACGUAAGCUUGAUAUUUCUUCAAAGUGGGGCACACUGUUGGUUGCUGAGUUUGGGGGACUUAACGAUCUUGAAAUCGAUCUUGGCCUUAAACAGGCGCCUUCACAGUCUAAUGAGCCAGUAACUGCUGGGUUGCGCAAUAAAUUGCUUGGAGAAGGUCAAAUCUUUUUCAUUGAGACUUAUGCGCUUCCUCUGUUUACUGCUGUAUCACGGAUGAUGCCAGAACUCCAGUUUGCUACGAGACAAAUUGAGGAAAAUGUGAAGAUUUGGAAAUCUAGAGUUGGUGAUGGCGAUUAUGAUAACGACCACAAAUGA